AGCUGGAGAGACCAGGCAGCCCGGGCGGUGUGGCGGGGGAGAGGAGGCUCGCAGCGCGCACACACAUCCCGCGCACUCUCGCCCAUAACCACCAACCUUUCACGUCCUCCCCUCGCACAAUCCAUCAGCUCCGGACAAUAACAAACAGCGGAUGGGAUGUUGAGCUGUGCACGGCCGCCACCUUCUCCGGCGGCCUCUGGGAAGCACAGAUCUUGAGGAGGAGCAGGAGGAAAAGGAGGUGGAGGCGAAGGAGGGGGGGGGAAGAAGGAGACUGAUCCAGCCCAACCGGCUUCGCCUUCUGCCUUGCCCUGCACCUCGCCAGGCUGUCAGGAGAACCGUGAAGAGCAUCCGCGAGUCCGGGAGAUGGAGGUCAUCGACACAGGCAACACCCAGCAGGAGCGGCUCCAAGCCAUUGCGAUUUCAAUCUGAUUUACUCCCAAGCAGAAGUGCAUAGGACUGCAGCCUUAUAGCACAAUCCUAUGCAUCGGGGCGUACUCCCAGGAGAAGAGAAAGCGCCAAACGGAGAUUGAGAACAAGCGGCGGCAACUGGAAGAUGACAGGCGCCAGUUACAACACUUAAAGUCAAAGGCUCUGAGGGAGAGAUGGCUGCUGGAAGGAGCUCCUUCGUCCACGGUCGAGGAAGGCGAGGCCACGAAGAAGCAGAUGCAAGAGGACGACCUGAAGGCCAAGGAACUGGAAGAGAGCAUCCAGAGGCUGGAAAAGGAGCUGGAGCAACUGGAAAAUGGCAUCUCAGCAUCUUCCACCAAAGAAAAUGUGGCAGAGGAAGGCAGUGUGGCCGCCAAGGAGGAGAGACUGGUCCAUACGCCAAAGACACCUUUAGGCUCAGCUAAGGCCGACAACAAAAUAUCCAACAGUCCCCUGAAAAUGGCAGAAGGUGGCGGCAUGUUGAAGGCAGCUAUGUACUCUGUGGAGAUCACUGUGGAGAAGGACAAACUCACAGGGGAGACCAAGGUCCUAUCCAGCACCACUAGGCUCCCCAAGGACCACUUGGUUCAGGGGGUCAAAGUGUAUGAAGACGAACUGAAAGUGGUCCACGCAGUCCGUGCUGAAGACGGAGCUGUCGAGAACGGCAUCCACCCGCUCAGCUCCUCCGAGGUGGACGAGCUCAUCCACAAAGCCGACGAGGCCACCCUCAGUGAAGUCUCGGAGAAGGCCCUCGGCGAGAUCAAGAGGGAAGCCUCCAGGAGCAACCCCCCCAGCCAGAAGGUCACGCCGCGGAAGGAAAUCACCGGUGUGCAGGCCAAGCCAGUGGAGAGCCCCAAGCUGAUGCCCGCGGGAGAAGGCCCAGAACCCAGCAAGGAGCAACCGGUGACGAUGAUCUUCAUGGGCUACCAGAACGUGGAGGAUGAGGAUGAGACCAAAAAGGUCCUGGGGCUGGAGGGGACGAUCAAGGCGGAGCUGGUGAUGAUCGAGGAUGCCGAGAAUAAGCCGGCACCAGAUUGUGCGGGGAAGGACCACGCUCCACCCAACGGCAGCGCGGGGGAGCCGGUGACCGCUCUCCCGCAGAAGGAAGAGAACCAAGCCGGGGAGAAGCCGACGGCCAACAACACAGACCCCAAAGAAGAAGAGCAAGAUCUCGACGUGAAAAAGCAGCGUUGCAAAUGCUGCUCAGUGAUGUAAGCUCCCCUUUGCCUAGACGCCCCUCGACUCUACAACAGGACUGCCUUUCCCCCCUCACUCUCCCCUGGACUCCGCCUCUUCAGUUCCCUUCCGAGUUCUACCAACUCCUGGGUUUUUUCAAGUGCUUUUCUUUUACUGAUUGAGACAUGCCACUUUCCCUCCUCCCUUGGGUUUUUCUUCUUCUUCUUCUUCUUCCUAUUUUCAAGUGACUGGGGAAGUUAUUUGCAGCAUUGGUGAGAAGUGUAUAUUAUCCAGCAAUGACACCGCACUGCUGGGUUGGUUUUUAUUUUAUUUUUCUCAGCCUCCACCUGGCAUCCUUGUUCACUCUUUCAUAAAAGGAACGGACACUCAAUAUUGUAUUUAUUAAAGGAAGCAAUCGUACACCCUCUUCCCUUCACUUCAGGAAGAUUUGAUGGGAAGCUUCAAACUGCCAGCAUCAACAAUUCUAGGAGGCCCACUUAAACAAACAACAGCAACAACAACAAAACCAUACAAAUUGGGGGUGGGGCAUCAGUAUUUCCCCAUCCUUAUGAACUGAACCCAUUUUUGUUUCUGGACCUUUCCUUGCUGAUGGGUUAUUUGGAGAAGAAAAUCAACCGACCAAGGAGAUUCUUCUUGUGUUCAUCAAGAGGUACUUUGAGAAUUCUGUAACCUUCAAAACCACCUGAGUUCUUCGAGAACUUCAGUGACGAGGCUCUUAUAUGGCAGAAGCAUUUGGACGGAAGAUUCAGCCUCGCACGAUCCUAUUUGAAAUGACGCCUAUCCGUUCUUCGGGAAUGGCAGACUUUGGCCAUGCUGUGAGAGUGUGGUUGGGUUGGGUCCUUGCCUCCCCGAGGCGAUUCCUGUGCAGCUCCAAGAGAUGAUGCAGGCUGCCUCUGCUCUCAGCAGAGAUUGUGGUGGUGGCUGGUCACAAGAGCCAAGGCCUGAUUCUGAGAUUUAUAUACAUAUAUCUGAUGCCUUGAUGGUUACCUCUCCAGCCUGCAAAGUGGGAACUGUAAAACAGAGCUCGUAACCAGCCAGGAAGUUCCAACCAAACGCAUAAUAUCAGGUGUUGAUAUAAAACCCCUUACUGCAGAGGUUCUCAAACCCGGGUCUCCAGAGGUGGUUGGACUACAGCUCCCAUCAUCCCCCGCCUGGUGAUGGUGGGAGUUGUAGUCGAGCGGCAUCUGGGUGCUUGGGUUCGAGAGCUGACUAAGUUCCGGGGCCAGCAAUGCCAACAUGGCAGGAGCUCAGCGCUGAGGGAGCCCAGCACCCAGCAGGGUUGCAAGCGGCCAGAGGCAGAGGUGAUGGGCAGGGAACGAGAGCGCCGAUCUCUUUCCCAGAGUCUAGGUGGUAAAGUCCAGCCAGAUGCAACAGGGCUGGGUGGACCUGGGGAAGCCACUGUCAGACGGGUGCCCCACCCGCCCAAAAAAAGCAACCAGCCACAGGAAGGCAAAGAAGCAGGUUGUGGGAUUGUCUGGGAGCACAGAAGGGCCCUUCUCGGCAAUGAGUUCAAGGGGGUGCAGCAGAUUCAGGAGCGAAACAGCGGGCAGGAUGGGGGAGGCUUGCGGCCAGCGGUGCCCCCUCCUGGCUCGCAAGGCUGCUUUCUUGCUCCCUCUGGUGGCCCAGGCACUAGAGGACGGGUCCGUCGUCUGCAGAGCUCUCCGUUCCAGGAGAAUAGCUCCCUGUGUUAGUCAAGAUGGCAGCCGUCCCUAAAGCCCUCCUCCUCCUCCUCUCUCCUCUCCCCCUUCUUUUGAAGAAGACGUCCUUGACCAUGACAAUAACAAUAACAGAUGUGUAGGGAGGACUCCUCCCCCUCCUCCUCCCUCCCCCUUGCCUCUCUUUGGCUGAACUUUCCCCACUCGGUUGAUUCAAAAGGACAUCCUGUUCAUCUCUUUAAACGCCUUUCAGUCCAGGCCGCUUGGCAAAGAGCUCUCUUUGUGUGUGUGCGCGUGUGGCACGGUGGGCUUCUCUUGGCCAAGGCUGGCGUGAGGUUCAAAGCGUGGAGAGGAUUGGCAGCCUAAGAUGUGUGGGGCAGGGGCAGAACAGACCCUUCUGAAGAGCCAGGGGCUCCACCCCACUUCCUGAGAAAAUCAAAGGGGAGUCCACACAAUUCUCCAGUGACAGGAAGCCGAUAGCCUUCCCCGGGGCCUCUAGAAGAGCGAUACUCAAAUGCUUGAAAUCUGAGGCACUUGGAUUGCAAAGAGAUGCAUCCAAAUAUUGCUCGGUCCACUCCCAGGACAAUGGGCAGGCCUCCUCUGCACCACUGUGGGGUGACCCACUGAAGACCACCUCUUGGCAGCCCACCCUAGUCAGUUGAGGGUACGGGGUUGGGUCCUGCUUUUAACAUACGAAGCUGCCGCCUACCGAGUCAGACUCUUGGUCUGUCCAGCUCAGCAUUGUCUACACGGGCGGGCAGCAGCUCUCCAGGGUCUUAGUCAGAGAAGGGUUUUUCUCAGCCCUCCUAGAGGUGUGAGGAAUUGGACCUGGGACCUUCUGCAUGCAAAGCAAAUGCUCUGCCGCUGAGCUACAGCUCUUUUUGAGCAAUAGGGAUGCUUCCAGAAUUGCCUUGUACCUAUCAAUUAUAGCAUGGGCCGAAUCCGGCAACCUGGUGCAUCUGUACUCUCUCUCUCCGAUGAUGUCCCUGCCCAAAGCAGAGAGAAGUCCCAGAGGCCUCCCUACUCCGAGAUGCAAGAAAGGUGGGUGCACCCCAUAGAGCGGCUUACCCCACCAAGGUGUGCCCCCACUUCUCUUGUGCCAUGUGCCCCCCUGUGGUGUGCUAACCCCUGCAGGGUUGCCCCCCGGGUUGGACAUGGCAGCUUUAGCAGUGCUCUCUUGCUGGAACCCAAGGUGCUUGAGGCCCAAUCGCAGCCUUGUUGGGAUUAUUCAAGGCCCUCCCCAACUUCAGAGGGACCCAAUUUUCUCCUCCCCAAACACAGCCCAGCUUUAAAGGGCAGAGGAAUGGCAUCUUGGCCAGCUUCUUUUGCACAUUUCUGCUUGGUAUGACAAUCGUUUCUUGGGGAGGGAGCUUUUGCCCUUUUCUGCUUGACAGUUCUCCUGGAACCAGCUGGACGGUCAACACGAGGCCCUGCCAGUCGUGUCUGUGAAAACAGGAAGCUGCUGCAUACUGAGUCUGACCGUUAUUCCUUUUAGCCCAGUAUUGUCUACUCAGCCUGGCAGUGGUUCUUGGGCAGAGAAAGGUCCAUUUCCAGCCGUGUUUCCAGGGUCUGAAUCAGGGACCUCUCUCCAGGCAAAGCAAGAGCUCUGCCAAUAAGCUAUUACUUUCCUCCUAAGUGUCAGUAGCUCCUUCUGCCAGGUCAGACCAUCUACCUAGCUCUGCCUUGACUGGCAGCAUCUUCCCAGAGUCUCUUUCAGGCCACUUUCUCAUCCUUGUUACCAGAGACUGUUUCAACUGGAGAUAGGAACAUAGGAAGCUGCCACAAACUGAGUCAGACCAUUGGUCUACCUAGCUUAGUCUUGUCUUCACAGACUGGCAGCAGUUUCUCCAAGGCUGCAGGCAGGAGUCUCUUUCAGCCCCAUCUUGGAGAUGCUGCCAGGGAAGGAACUUGGAACCUUCUGCUCUUCCCAGAGUGGUGGCUCCAUCCCCUGAGGGGAAUCUCUUCCAGUGCUGACACUUCUAGUCUCCCAUUCAUAUGCAACCAGGGCGGACCCUGCUUAGCUAAGGGGGCAAGUCAUGCUUGCAGCCACAAGACCAGCUCUCCUCUCCAUGUUAGAUAUUAGAGGUGGCACCUGAAAUCCUUUUGGGGGGGCUCUGCCACUGAACUACGGUCCCUCAGGGGCAGCCCCAUGAGUCCUCCUUGAACAUACCAAGUGGAAGGCUCCAUUCCUAUCUUAUAGGAUUGGUUGUGCACUGGCCAACUCCAAAGGCGGCUCUUUCUGAUUGGCUGAGGCAUAGCCUGCCUGUGGCCAAUCAGCAGCAGAACAAUGAAGCGCUCUAGUGCCAUCUGCUGUCUGGAAUAAUGCAGCAUGGAGAUCCCUUGAGAGUGAAUGUGGACCACUGAGUAGGUUUGUGUUGUUGUUGUUGUUUUAGCAAUAGCAAUAGCAAUAGCACUUACAUUUAUAUACCGCUCUAUAGCCGGAGCUCUCUAAGCGGUUUACAAUGAUUUUAGCAUAUUGCCCCCAACAUUCUGGGUACUCAUUUUACCGACCUCGGAAGGAUGGAAGGCUGAGUCAACCUUGAGCCCCUGGUCAGGAUUGAACUUGUAACCUUCUGGUUACAGGGUGGCAGUUUUACCACUGCGCCACCAGGGGCUCAUGGGUUUUAAUGCAGAAAUAUCACCAAGAGGUGACUUUUCCUGGUCCUUCCUUCACACUUCUUCAUUCUUAAAAUUAUGCCCCCACAUGGUGAUGCAGUGACUCAACAGGUGGCAAUGCUGCUGCGGAGAAUGGUUCCUAAUACAGUGUGGUUGGCACUCUGGUUUGCCAUUGAAACCUGACUCUUUGGGUGGCAGGCCACAGACCAUAGAGAUGUAGGGAUAGAGCGACUCCUACUUCCUACGUAAUGGCCCACUGAAUGGCAGCAUUCAGAUGGGAACAGGGAAUGGAGAACUUUGCUUCAUUCUUGUCCGAAGGGCGGCAGGGGUAGGGUGGGAGGGAUAAGCAGCUGGCCAUAAUAGUGUAGAGAUGCCAUCUGCUCAAGAUUAAUGGCAACAUCAUCCCACGGAAAUAUCACGAAGCCACUGCCAGUCUGUGUGGACAAUACUGAGCGAGAUGGACCUAUGGUUUGACUCCAUAUAUGGCAGCUUCCUAUGUUCCUGUGGUUGCAAAUGGGGUCCAUUUCGUUUUGAGGGGACUUCAGUGGGGCAGGAGUGAUCGAGCCAUGAUGUGACUGUGAUAAAUAAUCAAAUAGACCGCAAGGAAAUAGUGGAAGAGCAGCGGAGGUGUUUAAGAGUCAGAGGUCAUGCAUUGGCUGGCUGUACUGCAGAGCCUAGGGAGAGGGAAACCCCCAUUGGACAUUGCCUAGAUAGUACGAGAACCCCGUGGGUCAAUGUAGCUUGAAUCCCUGAGCCCAGGGGUGAGGGUGGAGUAUGCCCAUGCAUCCCCAUUCGCUAAGGGGCACCGCAGAGCUUGAGAAUUUGACCUCAAGGAGUUUCAAGCCAACGGUGGGGGCGGGGGCAAAUGUCCCCAAAGUUCUACCCACACUGACCCAUUCAGUGGAAUGUUUUGCUCGGGACCAUCGUGACCCACGUGCCCUGGGAGUCAGUGCCCCUAAAGUGAUUCCCAAAAAACACCAGCCAGGAAAUGGGCCGCCGUAUUGAGAAUCGUCUACUCUACUGGGGUCGGCCCACCGUCACAGGCGACGUGUCCGGAAAGGAUUUCAUCUGGUGCGGGUCCACUCGCUAUGGACAAGGGAGAGAAGUGAGGGCUCCCCUCUCUGAUGGGAGAAGUGGGGACCUUAGCUACCCCAGCUUUUUCUCUGGCUGUGGGGUGGAGGGAGGCUGGCAUCCGGCCAUCCGCACAGCCCACCCCCGCCGCCUCUGAGCCACACCUCAACCUCGGAGCCUCCCUUGGGCCACCUGCGGCAUCUCUACCAGCAUGGCCCAAAGAGCCAACGGCAACCAAAACUUGCAAUUCUCCAAUGCCAGGGAAAUGCCAGGCCUUGGAACGAGGGUCCCUGGUGGCUAUGGGGAGGGGGCAGGGCGUGAGGGGACACUACGCCAGAGACUCCAUCGCUGAUGUGCCAAUCACCACCCCGCUCGGAUUUUUCUCCCUUGGUCCCUGUCUCAUCUGGUGUAUAAAAUGCAGUGGUCUCUCUUGUGCACCCAGCUCUCCGUCUCCCGGCCUCCUCUCGGCCCCUCUCCUCCUCCUGAGCUUCUCCAUCUCUGACCAGCUGUUUGAAACCCCCAUCUCCUUCCCUUGCCCCCUUGUUGGUUUGUAAUAUACCGGAACAAAGCAAAUUAAAAAAGGGGGGGAAAGUGUGGAUAAUCUGAAAUGAAA